AUGGACCCUACAAUUCCACCAGAUGAAGACGAAUCUGUUGACCUUAUAAACUUUGAGGUAGAUUUGGAGCAGCAGCAGAGUCAGGAGACCGAAAAGAAGAGGUCCAGUUCUGCACCAAUAUCUCCGGUUGGGAGUCUUCCGGAAAUCAGUAGACUUGAUGGACAUCCCCAGGAAACCGAUAAUGAGAUAUCUGUUAAAUCCAGUCUUAUCCUUUUGUUGGAGGAUUUUCUCAACUACGAAGCAAGUCUGUCUAUGACUGAUUAUAUAAAGCGAUUCUACCAAAUUCGAUUAGAACAAGAAGCACUUCGUUCUGAGGCAGAAUUUUCGUCAAAACACGCUUCUGAAAAUGUACAUGUGAUGCGCAAUCGAUAUAGAGACAUACUUCCAUAUGAUCAUAAUCGAGUUGUUCUAUCGAGGACUGACGAAAAUCCAAACGGUUACAUCAACGCAUCUUUUAUAAGUCUUCCGAAAGGGCAUACCCAUUUCAUUGCUGCUCAAGCUCCGUUAACUGCUACUCUCGAAGAAUGGUGGAAAAUGAUCGAAGAGCAGAAAGUGGUUCUAAUCGUAAUGCUAUGCAAGCUGGUGGAAAUGAGCAAGGUCAAGUGCGAACGUUAUUGGCCAUCGGAAAUCGGACAGAGCCUUAUCUUCGGUUGUUAUGAGAUUACUUUGGAGUCUGAGGAAAGUUUUGCGGACGACGACUAUUUGCUGAGAAGGCUAAAGAUGACCAACCAAAAAACGGGCGAAUCAAGAACAGUCAAUCAACUGCACUACAGAGAAUGGCCUGAUCAUGGCUGUCCAACUGGUGAAAGCCAACUUAUUAACAUGAUAGAGAAAAUGGCAGAAUUCAAAGGAGACUCAGAUGCACCCGUUCUUGUUCAUUGUAGCGCUGGCGUUGGCCGUACCGGUACGAUUAUAUCGGUGAACUACAUAAGAGAGUUGAUCGAGUCGGAAGAAUUGGAUUCGCUUGAUUUGUUCGAGCUUGUUAUGAGUUUGAGAAAACAAAGGGCCAGCAUGGUCCAAACACAAGAUCAGUAUCACUUCGUACAUAAGUGUGUCGCUCAUUAUUGCCGGGAGCGAUUAGGAAUCCCACAUCCUCAACCAAAUGAUAAUUCGAUUACGGAACCUGUCCCUUCUGCCCCUAUUAGUAUGGCCCCUGUCUUUGCCGCGUCCCAACCUGAGAACGGAGGCCCGUUAUUGCAAGAAGAUGACGAAAGCGAUGAGGAGUUCGAGGGCAAUGAUGUUCCGGAUUUUCCCCACGAGCCGCCUGCUCCACGAGGACCAGAAGAGCUGGGCAGCGCGGCAAGUUGA